AUGUUGCGGCGGAUUUAUCCGCUGGUGGUAUUGCUGGUGUUCGCUGAUGUUGUUAUAAAAGCAUCAUGCACGGAGAAAGGGAGUUUGACCUUUGUAAUAGAUGAUACUCUCUCGAUGGAUGAUGACAUAUAUUAUGUCAAACGCAGCAUGGACUGGAUCAUGGACACAGUGUUCAAGAACAACUCAACGAUGAUCAGUAACAUGGUGCUCGUCACAUUCAACAAUUCAGAUGCACGCGUAAGAGUGGUGGCCCAAAACCAAUGUGAUUUUGACAAAGCGUUGAAAGAAGUUUCUGCACACAGUAAAGAUUACCCUGAAGUGCUAUCAAUGACAGGAUUGAUCCUCGCUUUAAAAGAGAGUAAUUACGGCUCCUACAUAUACGUCUUCACCGAUGCUUCAGCCAAAGAUCAUGAUAAUGUUCAUAUUGUCAAACAACUGUGUCAAGAAAAGCAAUCUCAGAUUUCUUUUGUGAUUACCGCCGCAAACAAAACUCUCCACUAUCGAGAUAAAAAGAAGGCCGUUUAUCACGACAUAGCCCAGGCGUGUUCAGGCCUGGCCUAUGAAGUAAACAAACCUGAAGUUUCAGAGAUACUUAAAUCAAUAAGGUAUAUCGUGGGCGGCGAAAACAUUUUAGUUGUUCAAGCCAGUUUUCCAGAUGAUGUUCCUAAACACAAUUAUGUUCAGUUCGAAGUAGAUAAGCUGACUGAAUUCUAUAUCGUCUCUACGGUUGGCAAAAACGUGAAAUUUGCAUGGCAAUCAACAAAGAGGUACAAGGCUUGGUGGGACCUCAAGUCCACAAUCGUUGAUGAAGAGAAUUGUAAAGUUGACAAGAUUGUAAAAAAGACACCUGGCAAGUACACCUUAUCAGUGUUUAGUGAAAAGAAGACCUCACUCAUGCUAGUGGGCAGAUCAGAGUUUAUUUUUAAACAUGGUUUCUCAGAGCUGAAGCCUCAGUCAAUUAACGACACGUUUCUCCAACCAAUAGCUAAUGCAAAAGUCCACUUGUCGAUAUUAGUUUCUGAUAAACACCAACAAGUGGAAAUAACAGAAGCUCAGAUCUUAGGAAUGAACGACAAACAGAUCACACCGAACCUUACUUUGACAAAAGUUUCUAAAGAUUUUUAUGUUACUUCACCCUUAGUUACGCCUACACAAAUGUUCAAAAUAGUGGUGAUUGGGAAAUUGAAUGCAACGGGCCAGAGUAUCAAGCGAUUCACAAAGAUUCCUAUUACGCCAAUAAAAUUACCCGACAAUCAAGCCCUUACAGUGAUGAUUGCUGAAGGCAAAGAAAUGUCUGUAGAAUACAACAGUUCCUUGAAAUUAACUUGCAAAGUAACUGCCUUUCCCAUACCAAAAAUAUCUUGGCUCAACAAACAGGGACAACAUUUAGCUUCUAAUACUUCAAUGAUUGAAUACCCGUACGAGUAUAUAAGCUACCUGGAAAUGCCUGUCGCAAAAGCAGAUAGCUAUAUGUGCUCUGUAAUUAAUGACAUAGGACUGAAAAACUCAUCAAUUAGAGUCGAAGUAAAAGAUCCUUUUACUGUGGUUAAUACUCCUAAGCGUUUGAAAGUGCCAUACGGCAAGUCGGGCGCCUUAAAAUGUGACAUCAAAUCGACACUACCCAUGGAUAUUCAUUGGUAUCAUGUGGAUGAUAUGGCUGGAAUUAAAAAAAAACUAACAGAUUCUAACGACUACUCAAUAUCAGUAGACAAAACCGAACUAACAAUAAUCAAAAUGGAUUUAUAUUUAACUGGAAAGUAUGUAUGCAACGUUUACUUAAAACACAACAAAGAUGUUAAAAAGGAUUUUAGUAAACUAGUUGAAGUAACUGGUUUGGUUGUACCGAAUGUACAAGCACAGAGCAAAGUAACAGUGGUAAAAGGUUCAACCGCUGUCUUAAAAUGCAAUGUUAGUGGAGUACCAAUGCCAAGUAUUGAAUGGCACUACGAAGACAAUUCUGGAUCAAAGGUCACUGUGCGUUCACCAGCUGGGACUGAGAGCACACUUCUUAUUACAAACGCCAAACGGAAUAAUGAAGGUCAAUACAAGUGUUUGGCAGAAAACGUACUAGAUAAAGAUGAAAAGGUUACAACAUUAAUUGUUCAAGAAAAACCACAAUUAGCAGGAGUGGAUGCCAAAAAAGUUAUUCUUGGAAUGCCAGUUGACAUAGAAUGCAGGAUUGUCGAAGGUUGGCCAAAGCCGAACAUAACAUGGUUUAUGGAAAUCUCGGAUAAAAAUUUCACCACUAUUGCCGAAACGGGGGAGGUGAUACAUAUUGCGAAGGCAGAAAACAACCACACAGGUCGCUACAGAUGUGUGGCACAAAACGAAAUUGGAAGUGCAGAACACUUCACGAGCCUAACUGUGGAAUGUACACAUAAUAUCCUUAGGGCCCAAUUACGGGAAUCCCAUAGAUCGCAACAUCGACAACAUCUCGUGUAA